CUUUGGAAAUUUUACUAUUAGUUUUCAGUCGUCUGAGAAGCUUGGGUAGCAGUUAUACUCGCUGAAAAUUUUAUUGAAAAUAUGGACAAAUUUAUAUUUAUUGUUAUAAUGCUAUGCAUUAAGGAGACCCUGCAACAAACUGACUCCUCAAAUGCCCUGCUUGAAAUGGCAAAAAUGUCUGUGGAAGAUUGCUAUGAGGACGAUGCCAAGACUAAGAAAAUCGAAAUAACCGAUGAUGGCUUCCAGGACAUUGUGAAAGGCUCGCGAGAUGCGGUGCGUAAUGCCAAGUGUAUACGUUAUUGUAUUAUGAAGAAACAUGAGCUGUUCUCCGAUGACAAUUCCCUGGAUGAGACAGCUGUCAUACCCUUUUUCACCUAUCUUUUCAAUAAUGCCAUUGAAAUUCAACAUCUCAAAGGAAUUAUUGCCAGCUGCAAUGAGGCCAUUACUGGCGAGGCCGAUCGCUGUGAACGUUCCCACAAGGCAACCAUGUGUAUUUUGGAGAAAUUCAAUGCAGCCGGGUUGAAAAAUAUUUAGAAAAUCAAAAACGAAAAAAAGAGUAAAAAGCUACU